CAGUUUUCGACGACAGUUGCACUCGUUUUCGAUGGCGCGCCCACCUCCGUUUUACAACGACACAGUUACACUUCGGCCUCCUUUUCGACGACAACUUUCACCUCCGUUUCAAUGACAGUUGCACACUUGGCAACUUCCACCUUCGUUCUCGACGACAGACGGCAGUUACUUACUUUGGCAACAUCUUCCUUCGUUCUCGACGGUGUUACACACUUUGGCAAUUAAUUUCCACCUGCGUGUUCGACGACAAUUACACACUUUGAAACAGCCUCCUUUGUUUUCGACGACAGUUGCACACUUUGGCAGCUUCAAUCUGCAUUAAAUUUACGCUUUAAGGGAAACUGUUGUUUUUUUUUACUGAUUUAUUUAUAUAGUUAUUCAACCGAUAAUUUUUGGUGCUAUGCCUGCCACUAUUGCUGUCAGUCAGUGCCUUGGACGCUUUGCCCGCGGCACUUACUGUCAGUGCCCUGGAUGCUUUGCCUGCCACGAAUAGUGUCAGGGCACUGGAUGCUUUAGCGUCAGUGCCCCGGAUGCUUUAGCACUUAACGUUUACGCACUGGAUACUAUGCAAGGCCCUAGCCCUAAAGUCUUGAGAAUAUGGGUCAUUCACUGUUCAAGGUGGGUGGGGCUCCGCUAGCCUUUGAAAGGCGGCAUCAUCAUCAUCAUCAUCAUCAUCAUCAGACACUGGGUCUGAUGGCAGCUCCACUGGACUGAGCCAUGAUCACAAAAAGAUCAAUCUGAACCCAAAUGUCUGACAGUCGAGAAGCAUUGCAUUCGGAAAAAAUAUGCUAGUUAAACCAGUCCUUGCGGAAAAGAUGAAACGACUUGAGCUUCUUUUCCGAGGCCCAAACUGCACGGCCCACGGGCUAAAAUGGUCCCAGGAAAGCUGGCCAAAAAGGCCCAAUUUGAAAGCCAUCGCGCCCUUUUUCUGACCCUCGCCAUAGGCCUUCAGCAUAGUCCUUAGUUGACCAAAAUACACACAGGGCGCCCGUGGUGCCUUUCGUUGGAUCGUUUGAUCGUUCCAAAAUGGAACCCGAACUGAAUCAAGCUGACAGGUUUUACACAGUUGUCUCUCCAACCUUUGCUGCCGCCAUUGCUGAAAAAAGCCUUCCGGAGUUUGCGGCAAGACGGAUUCUGUCAUACAGAGUUAGCAUGAUUGAACGGCUCUUUGCCAAGGACCAUGGUUGGCGGUGGGAGGAAGCCAACAUGGGGACUGUGGUUUGUGUGGCUAUACUGCUAGGACCAUGGUUGGCGAGGGUCAGUGGGAGGGAACCAAUCAUUGCAUUAGUCCUGCGGCUUGCUCUGCAUUCUUGCAGGCUCUCAAGGACCUUAGUUGGCAUGGGUCAGUGGUGGGGACGUCAACUAUAAUAAGAAACUAGCAGAAAUUCAGCAUAAGAAACUAACAAACCCAGAUGUUUGGCGUAAACCUGCGAGUGUUUUGGAAGCUACUUCGGUACAGCACUCGACUAAAAAUGCGCGUGCAAAACGUCAGACGAAAAUCCGAAAAAAUCAGUAAAACAAAAAGUGUCUUCCUUCACACUUUGGCAACUCAGCACGCACAAUCUCCGCAGAUGGUUCACUCAUGUAACCAAGAAUUCGCGUUCACGUUUGAGCAUCGGCGCGCGAUCUCCACAGAGGGUUCAUCCGGCACACCCGGAACUCGCAUUUCACCGCAAGUUUAAGCGUCCGACACGCACGAUCUCCGCAAAGGGACAACGUGAUAAAAUAUGAAUACACAACAUACGGUUUGAAAACAAAGGUCUUUUUGCGUGAGCAGGUAUGAAAUGUUUCAAACAACUCCCCUUUAUCAUUGAUGCUCUCAUCCUUGCAGGAGGAAGUGCUCGGACUGGCCGCGUUAUUUGGAACAUGUUUCCUUCUAGCAUUCGUGUUCGGUGAAAUUGCGACCAAUGUGAGGAGCGCCGUGGACACUAGUGGAGCAGUGAUAAAUGAACCAGAAGUGAGGACGCCAAAUAUUUCAAUCCGACAAGGUGUGAACAGCCUUGGCAAACCGAUCCGCGUGAUCACAAGUUGAGAGAAUUGGACCUGCAGACAGGAUGCUUUAGAGAGCAGGUUUUCCCAGUUUUCGUCUCCGGUUCAAAAACCGAAGCAAACCUUGGGAACCAAACAAUUUGCAGUGAAA